AUGAUCGGCAAUGUUGUCUCAAAUGUCGCUGCUAUGAGCCAAGGAGAACGAAAGUUUGCACAAGUAGAAAGGGCUGCCGAGGAGCUUGGUAUUCGCCUUGCGGAACUCCACGAGUUCCUUGCCACCCCCGAGGGUAAUGCGUUCGUGACCCAGCUUUCUGGGAUGGCUGCUCCCCAGCAAAUCUCUUCUGGGGACGAUCAAUCCAAGGAGCCACUUUCCCAAGAGCCUUCUUCACAGAACAAUGCCCACCAGGAGCACGGUUCCCAAGAUACUUCUUCCCAUGAACCUUCCUCUCAGGAGCAGUCUGCUCAGCAAACCUCGUCACAGGAAGGCUUUUCUCAGGGAAACAUCGAAGCACAUCUUAUGGCAUUCGCUCUCGUAAACACUCCGCCAUAUGAGAACUGAGUGGUUCCAUGCUCAGUGAGACCACCGACGCAUAAAACUUCCAUUGAGCAAGGCCUAAUGCUAUGACGACCCUCAGCAAUGCAUCUAAGACGCAGAACACAAAAGAAUAAAAAGACCAGUCAACAAACCUAUAGAAAAGUCGAGUGAUUGCUCCUUGAUCUCCCUUAACCCAGAAUUUGGAACCCCUCGCUUAUUGUGUAAUCUCAAGUGAGUUUGCCGCUUGUUUCGGGCUACUCUCUGUCUUGAGACUACUAUUGGAAUACACAUUGUGUCACCACUGGAUGAGAAGACUGUGCACCAAAUCAACAUGCUCGUAGUUAUGAGCGUGUACGCCAUAUUCGAGCAAUAAUCAUCCGCCAUUUCAUUUUGCGAAUCUUUCUUUUUUCAGUACCGCGGGCUGGCUCGACUCAAGACACAUGUCGCCACUCUUCGAUGUUCGUGCAGUUCAGCCGAACUAUUUUCUUUACCAACAAUUGUAUGAUCAUGUAUUCAGGACAAACCGAUAGCAAGGGCAGAGUUUGGCUAGCAAGGUUAGCAAGUGUAUGGCAACUUUCAAGUAGUCUUGGAGGCUAGGCAGUCUAGGUUGGCGCUAGAGGGAUAUCGACUACUAUCUGUACCAGUAUCGAUCUCGAGCAAGAACAACUCAAAGGCUCUGGGAUACCUUUAUGCCGAGAUUGUCGGAUAUAGUCUAUAACGAGUAGCCUAGAGUAUAGUAGUCCUGACAGAAUUGAGAUAGCCGAAACAAACAAGAUCAUUAAACACGUAAGUCGCGAUAG